AUGGUACAGCAGAUGCUGACUGAGAUGGAAGGUGUGAGAGUGGACCUAAAGAUGAAGGAUGAUGAGAUGUGUGCCAGGGAGACAGUCCUGGAGCAGGCCAGGACCGAGGGAGAGCUCACCUGUGCCAGUCUAAAGAGAGUCAAGCAAGACCUGACCAGGGAGAUGACACAGUGCAAGACCUUGGAGGGAAGAAUGGGUCAGAUCUCUCCCGCAAAUGAGUUAUUCCCAGACGACAAUUCCGAGGGAGGGGGUGAGGUGGAAGAGCUGAGGAGCCGGCACAGAGAGCACAUGGAGGCAGUCCAGAGUCUCUGGAAGGAGCAGGAGGCCAAGAAGACAGAGUACGAGAGCCACGUGGCAAGGCUGGAGCCUCGGGAGCGGGAGAUGAACCAGAUGAGGUCCGAGUUUGCCGCACAGAGGAGCUGGCUGGUGGGCAGACUGGAGGAGAUGUAUGAGAUCUUCACGGGAAGAGAGAAACCUGUCCCAAAAGCUAAUCCAGAGCGGCCCCCACCACCGAAACCGAAGCCAAGGGCGACCCCAGCCCCCCCUCCCCCUCCCCCCGUCACUCCUGGAGGCUACAGAGCUGCCACUGACCAACUGGUCCCAACUAAUGACCCCGUACUCCCCACUGGAUACACCAUUAUGGACCUGUUUCAUCCCAGUAACACCUUCAGCCUCCUCCCUGGCAUCGACCAGUCGGCAGACCUCUCACAGUGCAAGGCAACCUGCUCACCGGGAUUUCAAUCAAGGGAAGGGGCUCCCUCAAUCAAGAAUAACACACCAUAUAAGGUGGGGGACCAUGCAUUUGAGUUCAUAAUUCGGCCGUACAAGGACACAAAGGUCACUUUUGAGUCUCGCAAGUUCCUCAAGUCAUUUCUGACCGUGGACCAGAAUGCUCACCUCUCGGCGCAAGAGAUGCCACCAGACUUCAGCGACGUCCAGUUUAUAGUACGAGUACAGAGGUUUGUUGGACCCUACACCACACAAAUAAAGUGUCCUCAUGGGAGACCUUCCAUUGUCAACCAGCUGAAGGACAGGAGUGUUGUUCAGUUGUACUCCAAGGCUACUGGUAUCUACCUCGGUCUGAGGGUCAAUGGAGAUGUAGUGGGAAUGACAAAUGCUGACAAUGACAAGACUUUCAUGGUGUACUGUGAUCGAGGUCUGGGCAGAGUCUCGCUGCAGAGCUAUGCUCCUCCCCUCCUCAAACUCAAGAUGAGGUAUGUAUUGAAUUGA